GAAAGAGAAAUGUUAGCUUAGUUCAGUUCUACUUUUCACAAGUGAACUUCACAUUCCACGGUCACGAUUUCAACUGAAGAGAGAUUAUUGGCUUCUGAUCUUUCAAGAUUCUUCCUUUGUUCUUAUAUUAGUCUUUCUUCCUUGGCCUACCACGUCCUUUCAUUGCUGAAUGCUGAGUGUCCACACCUCUUCUCACACUACCUACAAAACCUGCAACUUAAUUUCUGUUUUAUUUACUGCGCUAAACAGCUAAAAGCUGUUGCUCGUUGGGAAGAAUCAGAUGGGAAGUCAAAGAGCUUCUGCUUCAGAUGAGAAGAAAAUGAUCACCGAGCCACUGUUGAGCGAUAGUCUGAACCCAAAGGGUGGCCUCAGAACCAUGCCUUUCAUCAUAGCAAACGAGGCAUUCGAGAGGGUGGCGAGUCUUGGUUUACUAGCAAACAUGAUAUUGUAUCUAUCAAGAGAAUAUAACAUGGAAACUACAGAGGCAUCUAAUAUACUCUUCAUCUGGUCAGCUGUCACUAAUUUUACACCAAUUCUUGGGGCCUUUAUCGCCGAUUCUUAUACGGGUCGCUACCUGAUGGUCGGUUGGGGUUCCAUUGCUACACUCUUGGGGAUGGUUCUUUUAUGGUCUACAGCCAUGUUUGAACAAGCAAAGCCUCCUCCUUGUGAGCCAGGAAGUAGCAUUUGUGAACCCCCGACGACAUUCCAACUUCUGUUAUUGUAUUCUUCUUUUGGUCUUAUGUCUAUUGGAGCAGGUGGCAUAAGGUCAUCCUCCUUAGCCUUUGGUGCUGAUCAGUUAAGCAGGGGAGACAACCUCAAAGAUGCAGGCAUCUUACAGAGCUACUUCAGCUGGUACUAUGUUUCAGUCACGGUUUCAUCUAUGUUUGCAGUAACUUGUAUUGUGUACAUUCAAGAUAACAUGGGAUGGAAGGUGGGUUUGGGAGUCCCGGCUGUACUGAUGUUCUUAUCAGUUCUUUCAUUCCUCUUGGCUUCUCCCUUUUAUAUCAAGUUGAAGGCUAAGACAAGCUUGCUUGCUGGGAUCGCUCAAGUCUUUGUUGCCUCUUACAACAUUAGACAUAUGAAGUUAUCAUCUCAACCCACCGAUGAAAUAUACCAUCAAAGAAGGGGGUCAAUGCUUCUCAAGCCAAGUGAAAACUUAAGGUGUUUCAACAAAGCUUGCAUUGUUAGAAAUCCUCAACAAGACUUGACAACAGAUGGAAGAGCCUCAAAUCCAUGGAGUCUUUGUACAGUAGAUCAAGUAGAAGAGGUAAAAGCAUUAAUCAAGGUGAUGCCACUUUGGUCGGCAGGAAUCAUGAUGGCUGUGACUAUUGCUCAAAACACCUUUCCAGUAAUCCAGUUGAGCACAAUGGACAGGCACAUCACUCCUUACUUUGAAAUCCCUGCAGGCUCUUUCAGCAUAUUCAUGAUCAUCACUCUAAUCUUAUGGAUUCCCCUCUAUGAUAGCAUCAUUAUCCCACUAGCUUCUAAAAUCAAUGGAAAACCAAUUUAUCUAACCUUGAAAAAGAGACUGGGAAUUGGACUACUUUUCUCUUGUGCAUCCUUGGCAGCAUGGGCAAUUGUGGAGAGUUUCCGCCGAGAAAUUGCAAUUAAGGAAGGAUUUUCGGAUAACCCUCGAGCUGUGGUGCACAUGUCUUCGAUGUGGCUACUGCCACAUUAUGUCCUGGCAGGGUUGGCCUUGGCUUUCAACAUCAUUGGGCAGACACAAUUCUAUUACUCUGAACUACCUAAAACCAUGUCUAGCAUCGGCUCCAGUCUUGUAGGAGUAGGAAUGUCGGCAGCGAGUUUGGUAUCAAGUUUUAUAAUGAAUGCUGUUGAUGAUGUUACGAAAAGAGGAGGAAACGAGAGUUGGGUUUCAACCAAUAUCAACAAGGGUCAUUAUGAUUAUUAUUAUUGGGUUCUUGCGGGUUUAAGCAUGGCUAAUUUUAUUUACUUCCUGGCUUGUAGCAAAGCCUAUGGUCCUUGUAAAGAAGAAGAAGUGGAUGGAAAGGAAGAGGAUAGCAUGAGUGAUGAGCGUUAGUUUUUAAAUGAUCUAUAAUAUUGUAUAUAUUAACCAGCGAAGUUAGUUAUGCUAAUAAAAACGAAGAAUUGAGGUUUAAUUACCCAGUCCCCAUUAGCUAACUUGUAUGCGAAGAAAUCUUUACUUUUCUCCUCACUGUAAGUGCCUGUGGGUGUG